AUGGAAUCGUCGUCAACUGUUAGCUUACGACCAACGUGGCCGCCUCUGGCAACGGCGGCGACCAUCGUGCUCGAGAGCGCAGCACACGUCACGCUGCGUCAGUGCGUCGCCGCCAGCAACACGUCGCCACGCGGCAUGGGCGGGGGGCUCUUUGCCACCAACGGUGCACGCGUCAGCGAUACCGGGUCGCUUUGGACUUUGAACGCUGCGAGAGACGGUGCAGCGAUCGCGCUCGUGUCGCCGGGGCCCCACGAAAGCAUCAAUGCCACGCUCUUGAGGAACGCGGCUCGGCGCCAAGGCGGCGGUCUCUACUUGGACCAUGGUGCGGAAGUGUCGACGUUUACCUCGCUCGUUUUGCGCAACAACUCGGCGUCGUCGGGCGGCGGUGUCUUUUGGGUGUUGGAGCAUCCGUCGUCCGGAGCCCACUUUUUCUGCGACAAUUGCACCUUGGACAAGAAUGCGCCGACGGACGUCGCGACGUCGGCUGUGUCGGUGGGGCUAAACGCGUGGCCGUCGUCGUUUUUGAGUGGCGUACCGCUCACGGUCGGCGGCAACGCAUCGGCGUACGAGGC